AUGGAGACAUAUACGCUGAGGGCGAGUGUCGGCUUUAUCCUUAUCGGGAAAAACAGUCAAGGUCGAUUAAAAGCGGAAAAACCGUCACAGCUAGGUACUGCUGCUGGCGGUGAGCUGGUAGUACAAAUAGGGAAGCAACAGAGGCAGCAGCAGCAGCAACAGCAACUGGACAACAGACAACAUUGUCAACCUCGGAAAACAAAAGAUUUGCCGUCGUACAUCCAGAACGGAGUGGUAACCAGCUGUGCAAAUUACCGACCAUCAACUGAACAUUUUGCAGAUUUUCGCUUUCGCUACUUUCGGCAUUCCGGAUCCGCGCACGGCGACAUUUUCCAGCUGGCUGACAGUUCGGUGGCGGCGGCGGCUGCGACGGCAGUGAGCCAUUUCCACUCUCCACCCGGUGACUUGACGAAAGGUCAUGUGUUGAGACGUGCCUCUAGAGGGUGAAGUCUAGUACCUACUGACACCGUGACAUCGUAAACGGUCACAACGACGACGACGACGACGACCACGACGACAGCGACCGUUGGGGAACGCG